AUGAAGAUAUAUAUUUUUGGGAUAUUACUAGUAAUAAUGAAUUAUAGUGAAUGUGCUAAUAUUUUGUAUGUAGUACCGUUUACAUCUAGGUCACAUACUAUAAUGUUAAAACCUAUCGGUUUAGAGUUAGCCCGUAAAGGACAUAAUGUGACAGUGAUCACUGGAUAUUUAGAAAAGACCGAUCUCCCCAACUAUCAUCAGAUUAAAAUCGAUCAUAAGGAAAUAUGGGAAAUUUUGGGAACUGAAAGACCUAAUGUUUUCACUAUGACUGAAAUAUCAGCAGAGGAAUUUCACGAUUUAAUAUUCUGGCGUGGUGGAUUAGCAUUCACCGAGAUGGCUCUCAACUCCAGUCAAGUUAGACAGUUUUUGGCGAAAGAUAAUAAAUUUGAUUUAGUUAUCAGUGAGCAGUUCUUCCAAGAAGCUAUGUAUACUUUGGCGCUCAAGUAUCGAGCUCCUCUGGCGUUAGUGACAACAUUUGGAAACUGUAUGAGACAUAACAUUGCUACAAGAAAUCCGUUACAAUUAGCCACAGUCAUUCCAGAAUUCCUCGACUUGAAUGAACCAACGAGUUUUUGGGCUAGACUUAGAAAUUUUUAUUUCACAUUUUACGAAUUUGCUUGGUGGAGAUAUUGGUAUUUGGUGGAGCAAGAACAUCUGGCAAAGAAGUAUAUACCGGGCUUACCAGAUAAAAUGCCAAGUUUGUAUGAUAUACAAAAAAACGUAUCCUUGUUUCUAAUAAAUAGCCAUUUUAGUUUUGAUUCUGCUGUUGCAUAUCUUCCAAAUAUAGUUGAAAUAGGUGGUGUGCACCUAUCACAUAGUAUUGAGAAGUUACCACAGGAUUUGCAGACUUUAUUAGAUAAAGCAACAGACGGUGUAAUUUAUGUUAAUUUUGGCUCCAAUGUAAGAAGUUCGGAGCUUCCAGUCGAUAAGAUGAAUGCUUUCCUAAAAAUUUUUUCAGAAAUAAACCAAACGAUAUUAUGGAAAUGGGAAGAUGACAAGUCAGAAAUUAAAUCUAAAAACAUAGUGUUCAGGAAAUGGUUUCCACAAAAGGAAAUAUUAUCACAUCCAAAUAUCAAAGUGUUCAUAUCACAUGGAGGAUUGAUCGGGACUCAAGAAGCGAUAUUUCACGGGGUACCCAUAAUAGGUGUUCCUAUAUACGCCGAUCAAUAUAAUAAUCUCCUUCAAGCUGAAAAAUUGGGUUUCGGCAAAAUUCUACGAUUCGAAGACAUCAACGAACAGAGUCUACGAAACAAACUAAUAGACGUCCUCUCUAACAAUUCUUACCGAAUAAAAGCUAAAGAGGUUUCUAGUCGAUUUAAGGAUAGACCAAUGAAUCCUUUAGAUACCGCAGUAUUUUGGAUCGAGUAUGUGAUUAGACAUAACGGAGCUGACUUCAUGAAAAAUCCGGCGAUACAAUUGAGUUGGUUAAGUUAUAAUAUGUUCGAUGUUUAUGCGUUUGUCUUAGGUGUAACGAUACUAUUAUUGUAUGUGAUUAUUCGGCUUAUAUUAUAUAUCCGACAAUAUUUCCGAAUAAAUGUCCACAAAAAUGAUACUGUAAAGAAUAAAAAGAAAUUAUAA